CAGUUACUGAUGCUGCGCGUCACCACUCUUGAAGAACCAAGACAUCUGCAUGCUAUUUGAUCGAUAGAGGAUUGCGACAUCUGCUAGAAUUUGUCAUCAGAGCUCCAACUCUUCCAUUUGAGUAUAUAAUUAUAAAUCAUUAUCACGAUAGAUCCCCUCUUAGGAAGCGACUUGAUUACCAGUUAGUUAAGUAUCGUUGAGUCUGUCUCUAUUAUAAGUGAGCCUCGAUAGCCCGCCUACUUCACCAAAGCAUAUCCCUUCAAGAGGAAUUUAGAUAGUCUAAACUUCUAUCUAGUGUUUCCAAAAAUAUCUACAUCUUUCGUAAAACAAUUCAGUACAAUGUCCUCUAACUUCUUCGCCGUUGUCGCUGGUGCUGGUCCCGGCACGGGCAGAGCCUGCGCUAUCCGGUUCGCUAAAUCAUACCCCGUGGUGCUCUUAACUCGCAAGCCUGAGUCGUACCAGGACACUGUUGCAGAGAUCAAUAACUCUGGUGGUAAAGCUAUUGGCAUCAGCGCAGACACUUCGGACGUCAAGUCGUUAGACGCAGCAUUCGAGACCAUCGCGAAGGAGCUGCCUGGUUCAAAACUUGCCGCGGCAAUCUAUAAUGUCGGCGCUGGCUUUCAAAGGAAACCAUUCCUCGAGCUAAGCGUUGAGGAUUUCGAUGUCGCAGUCGGCGGUAAUGCGCGCGGCCUCUUUAACUUCGCUCAGAAGACCUUGCCACUGCUUCUAGAAUCCGUCCCCGACUCCGAGCACCCGCCCACGUUGCUCAUCACGGGUGCUACGGCUUCCGUCAGGGGUUCGUAUCUGUUUUCCACAAUGGCAGCUAGCAUGUUCGCUCGACGAGCCCUCGGUCAGUCUCUAGCACGGGAGUUCGGACCUAAGGGGGUGCAUGUGGCACAUGCCAUCAUCGACGGAGUUAUCGAUAUUCCAAGGACGAGUCAGUACAAUGUCAAUAAUGGUGCUGAGGAUGGCAAGAUCAAAGCCGAUGCAGUCAGUACCCAUUCAAAGAAACACUCAAAAGCCGCCUUGCAAAGCUGACUAGAAAAUUAGAUUGCUGAGAGUUACUGGAAUCU